GAGAGAGGGAGGGAGGGAGGGAGAGAGGGAGGGAGGGAGGGAGGGAGCCAAGGAAGACGCUCCGAUAACCCGUGCGUUUCGUAAGGCUCGGAGCACUUGUACAUUUCUGCAGCCGCGCGGCGAGCCAUUCGCGGGCGGCUGCUGCAGCUCCUACUGCGUCUUCCUUCUCCUCCCUUCCUCGGACUCCGGUCUCGGAGUCGGAGAGCGUGCCUCGCUUCCAGAGCCCCCGGACCCGGCGAGUCAGCGAUCGCUGAGCCGGCCACCAUGCCCGGCAGACCGCGCCACUAGGCGCUCCUAGCGGCUCCCACCCGGCGGCGACGGCGUCGGCCGCGAUGGUUUCAGACGCUGAAGGAUUUUGCAUCUGAUCGCUCGGCGUUUCAAAGGCAGAGGCCCCCCUCCCCCUUCCCCCUCCCUCACCGUCUUUGUUUCCUUCCCCCCCUGCUCUCCCCACUCCCCCCACCCCACCCCCCUCUCCUCUCCUCCUCCUCUUUUUUAGAAGCAGCGAUCGGAGAUGGAUGUCUCUCUUUGCCCAGCCAAGUGUAGUUUCUGGCGGAUUUUCUUGCUGGGAAGCGUCUGGCUGGACUAUGUGGGCUCCGUGCUGGCUUGCCCUGCAAAUUGUGUCUGCAGCAAGACUGAGAUCAAUUGCCGGCGGCCGGACGAUGGGAACCUCUUCCCCCUCCUGGAAGGGCAGGAUUCAGGGAACAGCAAUGGGAACGCCAGCAUCAACAUCACGGACAUCUCAAGGAAUAUCACUUCCAUACACAUAGAGAACUGGCGCAGUCUCCACACGCUCAACGCCGUAGACAUGGAGCUCUACACCGGACUCCAAAAGCUGACCAUCAAGAACUCAGGACUUCGGAGCAUUCAGCCCAGAGCCUUUGCCAAGAACCCCCACUUGCGUUACAUAAACCUGUCAAGUAACCGGCUCACCACACUCUCGUGGCAGCUCUUCCAGACGCUGAGUCUUCGGGAAUUGAGGUUGGAGCAGAACUUUUUCAACUGCAGCUGUGACAUCCGCUGGAUGCAGCUCUGGCAGGAGCAGGGAGAGGCCAGGCUGAACAGCCAGAACCUCUACUGCAUUAACGCUGAUGGCUCCCAGCUUCCUCUCUUCCGCAUGAACAUCAGUCAGUGUGACCUUCCUGAGAUCAGCGUGAGCCACGUCAACCUGACCGUACGAGAGGGUGACAAUGCUGUCAUCACUUGCAAUGGCUCUGGAUCACCCCUUCCUGAUGUGGACUGGAUAGUCACUGGGCUGCAGUCCAUCAACACUCACCAGACCAAUCUGAACUGGACCAAUGUUCAUGCCAUCAACUUGACGCUGGUGAAUGUGACGAGUGAGGACAAUGGCUUCACCCUGACAUGUAUUGCAGAGAACGUGGUGGGCAUGAGCAAUGCCAGUGUCGCCCUCACUGUCUACUACCCCCCGCGUGUGGUGAGCCUGGAGGAGCCUGAGCUGCGCCUGGAGCACUGCAUUGAGUUCGUGGUGCGUGGUAACCCGCCGCCGACGCUGCAUUGGCUGCACAACGGGCAGCCUCUGCGGGAGUCCAAGAUCAUCCAUGUGGAAUACUACCAGGAGGGAGAGAUUUCCGAGGGCUGUCUGCUCUUCAACAAGCCCACCCACUACAACAAUGGCAACUACACCCUCAUUGCCAAAAACCCACUGGGCACGGCCAACCAGACCAUCAAUGGCCACUUCCUCAAGGAGCCCUUUCCAGAGAGCACGGAUAACUUUAUCUUGUUUGACGAAGUGAGUCCCACACCUCCUAUCACUGUGACCCACAAACCAGAAGAAGACACUUUUGGGGUGUCCAUAGCAGUUGGACUUGCUGCUUUUGCCUGUGUCCUGUUGGUGGUUCUCUUCAUUAUGAUCAACAAGUAUGGUCGACGGUCCAAAUUUGGAAUGAAGGGUCCCGUGGCUGUCAUCAGUGGCGAGGAGGACUCAGCAAGCCCACUGCACCACAUCAACCACGGCAUCACCACGCCCUCGUCGCUGGACGCCGGGCCCGACACUGUGGUCAUUGGCAUGACCCGCAUCCCGGUCAUUGAGAACCCCCAGUACUUCCGUCAGGGACACAACUGCCACAAACCGGACACGUAUGUGCAGCACAUUAAGAGGAGAGACAUCGUGUUGAAGCGAGAACUGGGUGAGGGAGCCUUUGGAAAGGUCUUUCUGGCCGAGUGCUACAAUCUCAGCCCAACCAAGGACAAGAUGCUCGUGGCUGUGAAGGCGCUGAAGGAUCCCACCCUGGCUGCCCGGAAGGAUUUCCAGAGGGAGGCCGAGCUGCUCACCAACCUGCAGCAUGAGCACAUUGUCAAGUUCUAUGGGGUGUGUGGCGAUGGGGACCCUCUCAUCAUGGUCUUUGAGUACAUGAAGCAUGGAGAUCUGAAUAAGUUCCUCAGGGCCCAUGGGCCAGAUGCAAUGAUCCUUGUGGACGGGCAGCCACGCCAGGCCAAGGGUGAGCUGGGGCUCUCCCAAAUGCUCCACAUCGCCAGUCAGAUCGCCUCGGGCAUGGUGUACCUGGCCUCCCAGCACUUUGUGCACCGAGACCUGGCCACCAGGAACUGCCUGGUUGGAGCAAAUCUGCUAGUGAAGAUCGGGGACUUCGGCAUGUCCAGAGAUGUCUACAGCACGGAUUAUUACAGGGAAGGGCCAUACCAGAAGGGCCCGUUCAGCGUGGCGUGGCAGCGGCAGAGGCUGGCAGCAACGGCAGCUUCCACAGUAGGAGGACACACCAUGCUCCCCAUUCGCUGGAUGCCCCCUGAAAGCAUCAUGUACCGGAAGUUCACUACAGAGAGCGAUGUGUGGAGCUUCGGGGUGAUCCUUUGGGAGAUCUUCACCUAUGGAAAGCAGCCAUGGUUCCAGCUCUCAAACACAGAGGUCAUUGAGUGCAUUACCCAAGGUCGUGUUUUGGAGCGGCCCCGAGUCUGCCCCAAAGAGGUGUAUGACGUCAUGCUGGGGUGCUGGCAGAGGGAACCCCAGCAGCGGCUGAACAUCAAGGAGAUCUACAAAAUCCUCCAUGCUCUGGGGAAGGCCACCCCGAUCUACCUGGACAUUCUCGGCUAGCGGUGGAUGGUGGUCAUGAAUUCAUACUCUGUUGCCUCCUCUCUCCCUGCCCCACUUCUCCUUUCCACAACUCCUUCCAUCCUUGACUGAAGCAAACAUCUUCAUAUAAACUCAAGUGCCUGCUACACAUACAACACUGAAAAAAGGAAAAAAAAGAAAAAACCCUGUAAAGCAGUUUGGCAUAAUAUAUAUAUAUAUAUAUAUUUAUAUAUCUAACUAUCUAUCAAUCUAUAUCUACAGAGAGAUACCUUCUCUAGUACAUGGAGAAGCUGCUGAUACACAAAACCACAAGACUUUAACAACUCAGAGACUCUAAAAUAUUAAUAAUAAAAAGGAAAAUUCCCUUCGACUUAAGCUGUGGCCCGUGCUUCUAAUGCCACAGCUUUUCGGCACAGAAGACCUGGACCAUGCAGAGAGACAAUCUUUGGGAUGGAGCUUUGGGACGGGAGGGGCUCAGGUGGUGCUCAGUUGCUGCUGUGUGUACCUGUUACCCCAGAAGCUCACCACAGGCGCCUGGGGGCACCGCAUGGCUGCGCUCAGCAACGAAGCGAUGCUGGAGCAGGGCCCUUGCCUCCACUUCUUCCCCAUUUCCUCCACUUCAGGACAACGUUCUAACUUGUCCAUUCUAAAGAGUGUCAUCUUGAUGCUUUUGGGACUCCACGAUGGCACCUACGGGUAAACGCAGAACAGACAACCCCACAACUCAAAACCAUGACGAGAGCUGACUGCAUCCGUCCUGGGUGUAAGCUUCUUGCUGGAGUUGCAAAGGAAGUGUCUUUCUAUUCUCAGACCUUAAAGAACUGGACUUUCUGGACUCAAAGAACCACAGAAGAAAAAAUAGCUGAAACCUGAACCCUGCCAAGACACUGCCACCUGUCUUUUCCAUCAUUGCAAAGACUCCUUGGCCUCACCUUCCAUUUUCAGGUCCCCGGGAAGCUGAGGGGGUUAGGAAACCGGGUCUCCCACGUUAUCUUUGAAUGUAGACACAGAGGGCUUUAGGGUUGCAAUAGCAAGAGGCUUGGUUGCUUAUAGGUCAUUACAAAGAAUGGCCGCUGGUCCUCAGUUUCUUAUCCUGCUUGCCUAGAUCCUAGACCCCACUUCCUGGGUAAACCCCACUGCCAGGGAAGGAAGGCAGGUCUAGUGAGAGGCUGGAGCAGCGAGUGUUUCAGGGAACCAAGCAGUGGAGGGGGUGAGAGCCAGCAGAGGAGAAUCUACUUGGCACCUGCGCCGGGCUCCUUGGCAUUCUCCUCACGUUUCCAGCCCCUGGGAGGAUUGAUGCAUCUGCCUUUGAGCUGUUGUGAAAACGCAAGGGCUGAGAAAUCACUUUUGUGGGCUGGGGUAGGGGGAAGAGCUGAGGCUUCUCUGGGAGAUGUCCAAUGAGCAGCCAGUGCUGCAGGCUUGGCAUCUUAAUGAGGACUGAGGCCUGACCCGAGAGAGGGAAGGAAACAUCUGGGCUGGGGCCAGCUCCCUCUGCCCCAGCACCAGGGAAUCACUGCCUUCCUGGCUGCCGCCACAGACCACAGUGGAGCUAACCUCUGGGCCUCCCUGUCACAUGAUGCAUGGAAGCCAACAGCCUGGCCCCACAGAGCUCUUCUGCUGGGGAGGAGAGGAUGUGCUCCUCCCAAGCCAGGCCCCUCCACCUCACCCCAAGCACAGAGCUACCUAAUGGACUGACCUUUGCCAAACUGGAGCUCCCCCCGGCAGCCUCUGGCCUGCCCUUUUCCCUGCCAGCAGUCUGGACAUCCUGGUUCGCUGAAGCAGCUGAAACGUGUGCCUCCCUGUGUGGGGUUUAGGACUGAAUUAUGUGUUUGUGGUUUUGCUUCUUUUUGUAGACCCACAAAUAUUUUUAUUUGAAUAGUAAAGAGCUGUGCUCAGAUUGUAGCCAUGGUUGGGAUUUAGGAUCAACAAGGCUGGUUAGCUGGACUGGGAGGGGAGGGAGGUGAAUUGGGAUUUUGCUGUGAGUUUUCUGGCUGUGCUAUGCCCCCAGUCCCUGAGGACUUUGAGGAAAAGCUAUUUGGAUUGACCACCUCAAAGGAACCCUUUACUGUCUUAUGACACUUACCCUUUUGUCUUUCCACCUAGAGGGCCGCUAUGCUGGGGCUGUGAGUGCUGGUGAAACUGCACAAGCUGGCUUUGAUCUAGGUAGCUAAGAACAGGUGUUCAGGGAGGGCAUGGUCUAGAGGGGCCUCAGGGAAAAGUGUCUUCUGGUUAGAAGUGAGGUACCAAUGCUCCUGUUGCUUCCAUUCUCCCAUAUCCUCCCCUGAGCGGACACUGUGUGGCUUCUGUCUUCUCGGCUGUGUGUUUCAAACGUGAUAGUCACUGAUGGGUUGGGAAGAACCGGGAGAAGAACUGGGUUGGAGAUGGGUGGAAGACUGGGAACAAGGACCGUGCUAUGGUUUUAUCUCCAGGCGCUGCAGCAUGACGGCGUAAUGAAAGAAGGUGAUUCCUUUGGGAACAAGAAACAAUGAAGGAGACUACGGUUGUCAGAUCGCUGGCACCUCAGGCCCGCAGGCUUUCACGAUGGUCUUGGGGUCAUGCCCUUGCCAUGUCAGUUGUAAGCAGCUGGCUGUGGAGCAGUGUGAGAGAGGGUGGCAGAGCAGGGCAGGAUAGAGGGGGACCCGCCUUCCUGCAGCCUGGGCUGCCCUCUCUACACAGAGUCUACUUUGAUUUAUUAACCUUGACAGAUUAAAAAAAAAAAAUUGUUGUUUUUUUUUUUUUUGAGAGUAAAAAAGGCAGAAAAUAGGGCUGUGGAAUUUGCAGGGGUACACUAUGGCCCUGGGGGGUGUGGCGUGUAUUGGGACACAUCUGUCCCUCCUAUACUGGGACAAGACUGAUAAGGUUCAGUCCACCAUGUCUUAGUUUCCCCAUCUGCAGAAUAAGGGGUACGCCUGCUAAUCUCUGGCCCCUUCAGGCUCUGAAUUCUUAGGUUCUAACAAUGUUGCGUCACUGUGCCAUUUUUCUUAGCAGCACUCUGGAAUGCCAGGACAGCCUUGCAUAGGUGAGAGGCAGUCGCUGCUGAGGGCUCACUGGCCUGGGCAAGGCUGAGUUUCAAUAAGACACUCCUCUCCUUCUUUGCCCCUUGCCUCCACAUUUCAGAGCCUGAAGUGUCUGAGACGACUCUAAGCCGGGAGGGGAGUGUUUGCUCGGCUUCCCACCCUGGCAUUCCUGCAUACCAGAAAAGCACUGUUGACGGUCUAUUUAUUUAUUUAUUUAUUUAUUAAGAGCCUAAUGUGAUUAAAUGUGUCAUGAAAUGACAUCUGAUUAGCCAAUAUGGCCACUCCAAUUCACUUCACCCUCAUCUCCCCAUAUCCACAUUUUAGAAGACCAUGUCACACUGUCUCCGAGAGCUUAGCUUUGAAGUGAGCUCUUUCAUGUCUUUUGGCGAAUGCUCCAGGGCACCCAGGCUGGUCUCUCUGCCAUGCCAACCUCCCCUGGACCGACUGAGUGUAACCUGCUUUUGGAUGUCUACCCUGGAGUAGGGUGUCGUGGUCAAGGGACCUCCCAGUUCUUCUUUGCUUUGGAUGGGAACCUAAUGCUGCCCUCUAAUGACAUCCCUGAACUCUGAGGGGACCAUGGGCAUCGCUAAGCCUCCUCUAGUCAACAAAUAAGAAAGAGGAGGUGGUGCUUCCUCCACUCAGCAGAUCAUGCACAAAUUAUCCCUAGACAGAGGCUUUCCACUUGAGGCAAAGGGUCUUCAGUCCUUCUGGGUUCAGGUUGAACAUGAACGGCCUUCUCUAGUGAUGCUUACUUUGCGGAAUACACUAGUGCAAGUCAUUUUGGUGCUACAUACUGCAGAAACCAACACCAACAGGAGAGCUGUCAGCCCGUUUCUGUGGCUGCACAAGGCUCACCUCAGAAGCAGACGUGAGUUGGCCAUGUGGGAGAGCACAGGAUCAUGGGAAGUUAAGUAGAAAUGUGGCAGGGUGAAAAGACCAGCAAAAUUUCUGAUUUUGUUAUUAGUUAGUUACCAUGUGGCCUUGACCAAAUCAGCUAAUUUCUCAUCUGAGACAUUUAAGAGGUUUUUACAGAUACUUUUAGAGUCCUUUUCAUUUUUUUAAAAAGCUGUGUUCUGGUCCCACCUGUUUUUUCUUUCUUUCUUUCUUUUCUUUUUUUUCAAAUGCUCGCUUGUUAAAAAUAAGAGAUAAAGUAAAAGAUAAGGGAGGAGACCAAGAAAAGUUACCAAUGGCAAUGGCAAGAGAUUGAAUUUAGAAGGCAAGUCAAGAAGCCCGGUGACUGGUAGAUUUGAGGAAUAUUGUGCAGGGAACCAGGCAGACAAGCCAGAGACUUCAUUUUUAUGCUCUUCAAAGGAGGCCUAGCCCCUUGCCUGCUUUCACCAGGCUGUUCUCAGCUAGCCAACCUUCCCUCUUCCAAACUUGGAAAAUUCCAAGUUUACGCAUCGUUAUAAAGACAUCGAUAUGGGCUUGGGAAAAUGUUUUGGUGUUGCUUCCAUGCUCACACUUGGCAUACACUAUUCCAAAAUAUGGAGACAGGCCUGCCCAUCUCUCAUGCAGGCUUCUGGCAAUCUGGACUCUGGGUCAAAAGCGACAAGAUUUUUAUCUUUGGUAAGAGGAUGGGAUGUUAGAAAGAGGGCAGCGUCUUAAGUUGAGGACUAUUCGCCAAAGUCUUUUUCUAUUCAGGAAUCACUAAUGGCAUUCUUUGUUCCCCUUUUCCAAACCAAACAGCAGCACUAUUACCUUGACUCCAAAGUCCAGUCAUUGUAAUGGACAGUCUUGAGGUUAAGGUUCUUGUCAGCGCUUUGCUUAGAAUCUGGAGCAAAGAACUGUCUAGGGGUUUUUGUUGAAAGGACCUACCUGCCAGCAGUCCACAGAGCUGUCCUCAAAGGCCCCUGAGAUGUCUGUUGUCUCCUUUGGUAGGGAACCAGCUUGCUAGAAGGCCCAAGGGCAUUUGCCUUAGAGAGAAAAAAAAAAUGGCACCCUUGGUUCAGGACAUGGGUGCUGAAGUCACUGUGUUUUUGGUUCCUGAAGGUCCACUUUCUUUUUUCAUACCAAAUACAUUGUUUUGACCAAUAUUUAACAGGUUUUUAAA